AUAUAAAGAGUAUAACCUCAAAAUGUAAAAUAUGUUAUUUUUAAGAGUAUGGUAUUUUGUAUUACUUUUAAUUAAUUUCACACAAAUUAUUGUGGCAAAUAAAUUUUGUGACAAAUCAGAUGAAUAUGAGGAAACUGAUAAAUGCAACAUUCAAUUACGUUACUCACGAAAUCGUUACAUACUCUAUGAUGUUAAUUCUCCAGAGGGAUUUAAUCUAAGAAGAGAUGUUUUUAUUCGUAUUGCAGUUUUUAUAAAAAUUUUAAUCAAACAAGAAACAGAAUUUAAAUGGCAAUUAGUAUUGCCACCAUGGGGCAACUUGUAUCAUUGGCGUAGUAAAAAUAUAGGAUUUCAAACACAAUUACCUUGGAAUCUGUUUUUUGAUGUUUUAAGUUUACAAAAAUAUAUACCUGUUAUUGAAACAUAUCAAUUUUUACAAGAAUAUCCUUCAGAAAAUAAUCAAACUCAUCUUGAUGUUGUAUAUAUUUUACAAAAUGAUGAAGAAAUGUUCAAGACAGGUAUAUUUGAAGAUAAAAAUAAAAUAAUAAAAUGUAAUGAUAAAUCAUUACAAUUUCAUAAAAUGAAAUCUGAAAAAUAUGUUGGACAUUUUUGGGGAUACAAUAAUAUAACUUCUAAAGCUGUUAAAUGUGUUAUAUUUCAUGGAAUGAUAUCAAAUCUUAAACAAAAUCUUAAACCUAAUAUUUAUAGAUCUGUAAUGUUUGAUCAUAUGGAAAUUGCAUUACAUGAUUUCUAUGGUACAAAAGAAUAUUGGAAAGCUAGACGUAGUAUGCGAUAUAAUUCUGAAUUAUAUCAUAUUGCUAAUGAAUUUCGAAAAUCCUUUUUUAAUUCAUCAAAUAAGUAUGAUAAAACAGAGCGACCGGAUGAUUGGACUAAAGAAAAAGUAUUUAAUUUUUGUUUAUAUCAAUAAAAAUGCAAACUAAAAAAUAAUUUUUUAAUUAUAGAAUAGAAGAAAUGCAAUUGGAGGUCCUUAUUUAUCAGUUCAUUUAAGAAGACGCGAUUUUUUAGUUGGUCGUUCUUUAACAGUACCAACAAUAAAAUCUGCUGCUUUUCAGUUAAAAAAUAAAUUACACGAACUUCAAUUAA